GAUUUGAAAUAAAGUAAAAUUUAUUCAGUAAACUUUAACAGUUUGUGACUGUCAAUUUAAUACCCACAUUGUUGAAACACUUGAAUGAAAAACAUGGACAAAAUAAAUACGAAUAUCACGAAAAUUGGCGUCUUGGUGCUUCUCGUGGUUAUAUAUGCAUGCGUAUCUGUAAAUGGAGCACGUUCAAACUGCAAAUUCGGGACAGACUGUGAGAAAUGCUCUAAGGGUCAUUUCAAGAUGGUACGGCUUGGCGAAAGGGAUGUAAAGGUGUGUUGCUCUGGGUGCAGCAAAUACUGCAAGGCCGGAAACAGACGUAGUGACGGAAGACCAUAUUGCACUUGCUAUUAUCCGAAAGACAUAAAGGGAGAUUGUUGGAAAGGCGAGCAAUGCGAGACCUGUUUGAAAGGACCAAACAAUGGUUACGUUGGAUACAUCAACAUUAUUCCAGUGUGUUGUGCAAAAUGUGAGAGAUCUGGCCUCAUGCUUGGACGAAAGCUGUGCAACUGUCGACAUAAUGGCCCUUGAACUUUGUAAUCAUCUUUGGGAAUCGUCACAUAAGCAGAUCAUCUGUUUGUCACCUUCAAAAUAAAUGCUUUUGUGUUCCUUUAUUUGUUCGUUUUGUGCAAGUGUGUGAGUGUGUGUAUUUUGGUCGUGUACGUCCGCGUGCUGGGUUAACGUUAUGGGAGGCUGCGUUUCUGGAACGUGGCUUUCCCUGUUGGAUAUUUAUCCUUGUUUUGUAUACAAUAUACUAAGAAUAUACUAGUAUUCAAUAAUUAAAUUAAGGUAUCCUUAGGUGCAAAUAUUAGCCGUAUAUUUUACAAGAAGAAAGAAACAUAAAUCCUCAAAACGCAUGAGGUCGUUACCAUGUAAAUUAACAUUUAUAUGACAUUUCGUUUUAACAUGAUGGUCAACACACAUCUUCCUGGUACUGCACUUCUUACUGGUAUUGUUUUUAAUCGUAAUAUUUGUGUGUCUGCUACAGAAAUAUUGCAUUUUAAAGUGUAUGUUUAUAUAUGUUGAAUGUCUGUAGAUGCUAUAACUGUACUUUCAAGUUUUUGUUGUUACUUAUUAUUUUUUCGCCGUUUUCUGUUUCUGUCUUAUGUUUCUUUUUGUUUCUAAUGUUGAUAUAUAUGUAUAAAGUGUCCUCAUCCGAGUUUUGAAAACUGUGCUUUUUCCCAGGUGAUUUGUCAUUAACCUAAUGAAAUAAUUUUGACCACUUGAAGAUAUAUUUGAGUGAUUCUGGUCACAGUCUCUAAAAUUAAGUCAUUGGCAUGAAAUCAAUUUGAUACCAUUUAAAAUGUUCUGAAGGACGAUUUUCCCGCUGGUGCUUCUGUCGAAAACCGUCCAUAGGGAUUAUCUUUAGUUUUCUUGUACUAGGUUUCACCCACUUUGAAAUAGGUUUUUAUCAUUUUUUUUAUGAAUUUGAUAUUUCAGGCAUAUUUUCAUAGUUGAUGUUUUUCUUGUUUGUAACAGUGCGCUAAGAAUGACUUAUCAAUGUGUGUAAUCAGUAUGAUUUCGAAUGUGUGGAAGUUUUGCUUACCAAUAAAUGAAUGUUAAAUUGA